AUGAAGAAGUUCUUCCGCUUCAGGGAAAAGAGGAAGACAGAUGAUUCUCACAGUCACUUCUCAGAAUUGUCCAAUAUUAGCAUGGCCAGUACUGCGCCUAGCCUGUCCACAGGUGGGGGAUAUCCUCUUCGAGAUAAGCACUUAAAGAAACUUCAUAAAGCUUCUUCAGUUGGCAAUGAGCAGAAGCUGAAGAAUUACCUUGAAUGCAAGAAAUACGAUGUGAAUGGGCGGGACAAAAGAAGCAGAACACCUUUGCAUUUGGCCUGUGCUAAUGGAUAUACACACAUUGUCUCUCUCUUAAUUGAGAAUCAAUGCAAAAUUAAUGUACAGGAUAGUGAAAACAGAACCCCAUUGAUUAAGGCAGUGGAGUGUCAACAGGAGAGUUGUGCUGUGACUCUUCUUCUCCACGGUGCAGACCCAAAUCUGGUGGAUGUUUACGGUAACACUGCUCUCCACUAUGCUGCUUGUGGCCAGAAUAUCUCAUUAGCCAACACACUGCUUGAACACAAAGCCAAUCUUGAAGCCAAAAAUAAGGAUGGCUACACUCCGCUUUUACUUGCUGUUGCUGAAAAUAAUGAAAAUAUGGUAAAAUUCCUUCUGAAGAAAGGAGCAGAUGUAAAUGCAUCAGAUAAAAACCACAGAACAGCCAUCAUGAUUGCUCUGAUCAUUGAACCAAUAAGUUCUGUAAAACUUCUUCUUCUUCAACAAGAUAUAGACCUAGCAUGCAAAGACAUUUAUGGAUUUACAGCUGAGGAAUAUGCUUCAUUUAGUGGCUUUACUACAUCAACUCCUAAAGAGCAACCUAGCCUUCCCAAAGAUAUUAACCAAAUAGGGCCUAGAAAUACAAUAAAAAUGGGUAUAAACCCUCAUUUUGGAGCUAGAUGUGGCCACCCACUAGGAGGAAAGGGAUCCCAAAAGCAGAGGGCUACAUUUGUGGUGGCCAAUAAGUCCUCUGGUCAAAUAGGGGGUCUCUACUGGGGUUCUGACAGUCUGCUUGACCUAUGGGUUUCUGGAGUUCUGGGAAUUGAUAUGGCUUCUAGUAGAACAGGAAUGUCCACUGGAGCUCAAAAUGCCACAAAUAGAGCAGUUUUGAACAACUCAGACAAUCUUGCAGCCCCUCUGGUGGAGCCGCUUGAAGUUGCGUCUGCUGCCGCAAGGUUGCGGCUUCUGCGAGUCUUCACUCAUACUGGAGUGGACGUUAUGGUGGUACAACUGCCUUUGAUCAUUGAUGCUUCCCUAAGUGACCACUUGCCCACACUCUGGCAAGAAAGUUCAGCAGCACAGCCCCCUCUCGGUGCUGUCGAGUCGAUGCUCUAG